AGUCUUACCCGUUUGUCGCCAGUGGGUGUGUAAGUAAGUCGUGUGCGCGGCUGCGGUGCGUGCGUAUGGGCGCGUUUGCGUGUGCGUGAGGUAGAUAGCGGAAAGUCAGAAAGUCGGUAAGCGAGACACACAGUCCCGCGAAAAUAGAACAGCGAGAGUGUUUAACGGCUUUCGGUAUAAAAUCAGCGUCUGAGCGUUGAUUUCGACUUAAUACGAAAGCGGGUUUAAUCGUUUUCGCCCGCCAACAUCCGUGACUUUUGCUUUCCCGAGGUGGACAACAAUCUCAACAAAUGCGCCCACGUACGCGCGCGCACACACACACACACACGCACAUACGCAUGCACGUGUAUAGCGGCUUCUUUGUCAUUUAAUAGUUCGAUAUUGCAAACCCGUUUCGCUCCGAACAACCGGAGUCCGUCCGGCAAUUUUUCUCGCUUUCCUCGCCUCGCAACCCGAGGCGGCCGCCCGCUCGUGACGUAAAAGGUGCUACGCGCCUCUCUCGCGCGCGCGCGUCAUUUGGUUUUCAACUAUCUCUUUAUCGAGACCAGUCCGAAUUCCGAACGACGAGAGAACGCGGGCGAGAGUGAGCGUGGAGCUGCUCAUAGGAAAGCGACAGCUAUUCGGAAGUGCAAUCGGCUCCGCCACGUAAACCACGGCUCGGCCGCCUGUUGCUCGCGGGUCCGCGUGAAUCGUACAUUCCGUCGUUAAUCGUGUGACCGGGACGACACCGCGGACUCGCGCUCCCCACUAUCUUAUCGCGGUGGUCCAACGGUGACACUCAUCAACCAAUCAGACCGGAGAAUCACUGAGGCUCGACCGCACACAAUAUAUUCGGAUAUCGCAUAUAAAGAAGCCUUUCCGACGAAUACGACGAGUAUGCCGCCCAAACUCCACACUAUCAGCUGGCAGGACUUGACGCGAAUUUCGCGGCAGUUCGACGGAAGCAGGAACUUCUUCGUUCGUUCUGGCUUCAGAGACAGCAUUCUCGAACGGACGAAUUUCAACUGGACUCAUGCUACGAAGAUCAACAGCCGUUCCAUACACCUGUUAACACCGUCCGCUUUCAGAAACGAAAGACUUCGCAAGAUGCCACACGCCGUCGAGACUUAUCGUCAGUCCCCAAUCCCGAAAUUUCUGGUAACCCACGCGGCGAAAAAUCCGUCGAUCAAAUACGAUUACGAUUAUGUUGGCAAAAUCCCGCUAUUGAAUGCAUCGACGAUAGAGAUUUCGGCGAAACUUCGCCACUACAUUGAGGAGUGCGCUUCGCUAUGCUGUCCCAAGGAUAUUUACAUUUGCAACGGUACGGAAGCGGAAUACAUGCAGCUACUGAAGAUCCUCCAGAAAAACGACACUAUCGAAAGUUUACCGAAAUACGAAAACUGCUGGCUGGCUAAAACAAACCCCGCGGAUGUCGCGCGUGUCGAGAAACGUACGUUUAUCAGUACAGACGUAAAGAAUGACACAAUCCCUACACCGCGUAAAGGCAUAAUCGGAGAGCUCGGCAACUGGAUCUCCCCGAACGACAUGGACGAGGCUAUCAUGGAACGUUUUCCGGGUUGUAUGAAAGGACGCACCAUGUACGUGAUUCCCUUCAGCAUGGGGCCCGUGGGUUCCCCACUUUCAAAAAUCGGCAUCGAAAUCACCGAUUCGGCCUACGUGGUCUGCUCGAUGAGGGUGAUGACUAGGAUGGGAGGUAAGGUGCUCGAGACUCUGGGAAACGACGACUUCGUCAAGUGUUUGCACUCGGUGGGCGUUCCGAGGCAUGAUUCCAAGACCAUCGUGAACUACUCGUGGCCGUGCGAUCCCGAGAGGACGAUUAUCCUUCACCGACCUGCCAAGAAUGAGAUCGUGUCUUAUGGAAGUGGCUACGGCGGCAAUUCCUUGCUAGGAAAGAAAUGUUUCGCACUCCGCAUUGGCUCGACGAUAGCCAGGAAGGAAGGAUGGCUCGCCGAACACAUGCUCAUAUUGGGCAUUACGAAUCCUAAGGGCAAGAAGCGUUACAUCGCCGCCGCUUUUCCGAGUGCCUGCGGCAAGACGAAUUUAGCGAUGAUGCAGCCUACUCUGCCAGGGUACAAAAUCGAAUGCGUCGGUGACGACAUUGCGUGGAUGAGAUUCGACGAUAAGGGACGAUUGCGCGCUAUCAAUCCGGAGAAUGGAUUUUUCGGCGUCGCACCCGGCACAAGCUCGGCGACGAAUCCCAACGCCAUGAAGACGAUCUUCAGGAAUACCAUCUUCACCAACGUGGCCUCCACUAGCGACGGCGGAGUCUAUUGGGAAGGAAUGGAGAAAGAAGUUGGAAAACAUGUCCAGGUGGUAGACUGGAGAGGAAACGAUUGGGUCAAAGGUUCCAAAACGCCAGCCGCGCAUCCGAAUUCGAGAUUUUGCUCUCCAGCUAAGCAAUGCCCUAUAAUCGAUCCUGCUUGGGAAGAUCCAGCCGGUGUCCCAAUUGACGCUAUACUAUUCGGAGGCCGAAGGCCCGAGGGUGUACCUUUAGUUUAUCAAGCUCGAAGCUGGCAGCAUGGCGUUUUCAUCGGCGCUUCAAUGAGAUCCGAGGCUACAGCUGCCGCUGAACACAAGGGUAAAAUAAUUAUGCACGAUCCGUUCGCGAUGAGACCGUUCUUCGGCUACAACUUCGGGCAUUAUCUCUCGCACUGGCUAAGCAUGGCGAACGCGAACAACGCCAAGUUGCCGUCGGUAUUCCACGUGAACUGGUUCAGGAAAAGCAACGACGGCAAGUUCCUGUGGCCAGGAUUUGGCGAAAACUCACGUGUCCUCGACUGGAUUCUCCGAAGGAUUGACGGCGAGGACAUCGCCGCGGAGUCCGCUAUCGGCAUGCUACCGACGCCAGGAUCUAUUAAUGUGGACAAUCUUAAAGAGAACGUGGACAUGGAGGAGCUGUUCCGACUGCCGAAAAGUUUUUGGCAGAAAGAGGUCGCAGCUUUGGAAGAAUAUUUUGACGCUCAGGUGGGACGAGAUUUACCUGAAGCUAUCGCACUGGAACUCAAACGUCUUUCUUAUAACGUCAACAAUCUUUAAUUUUCUCGAAACUCCCGAGAACUAUCGACGUUCUGAUAUCUCCGCUAAGAAAAAUUCGAAGUAUUCAUAUCCGAGGGUAAAGUUUCGCGGCUAUCGGUGGGGUCCGGAGCGGUGGAGGGGAGAUGCGGAGGCGGCUCGUAGAUAAACGAAGAGCACUGACACUUCCGAUUGUAAUUUCUAUCGCCGGUGCCUUCGUCGACUAAUCACACUUGACGAAAACGACUAUUGUAAUUAUAAAUACGAAUAUAUUGACUACCAACAUGCGACAAAAAAUUUUUCAUAUUUAUCUCGUGUGACUACAAAAUAUAACAAUGUUUCUUAUACAUUUUA